AUGCGGAUGUCUCGGCUUCAUUUUAUGAAAAAUUUGGUGGCUCGGUUUUGCCCAGUUGGCAAUUUACAUGUGAUAGAUCCGCAAGUUGAUUUGAAACACAUCUUUGCAAAUCCGGCAUUAUUGCAGCGAGAUCUUGCAGCAAGAGAAUUAAACAUCGACGCUAGCAAAGUUCAAACUGCGUAUGAAGAGUGGUGGAAGUUAUAUGAACAAUUUAAUAGAUUGGAACAAAAGGAUGCGAAAACGGCGGCGUAUGAAGCAAAAAAGGAAAUGAAAUUAUCUUACGAAGGCUUAUUGGAUGCAUUAGCCCUGCCGAACAAACUCUCUAAUGAAACUUUGAAACAAAGGUCUAUUAAAAAAGAUCCACUUGGUUAUCACUCGAAUCAUUUUCGUUAUCUGGCCAAGCAGGGAUUACUUUCAACAAAUCGAACCACUGAAACGGUAAAUUUGAUUGGUUAUCUUCCACUUAUGCUUAAAGCUAUCAGAAAAGCAGUCAUUGACCUAUUUUCCGAAAUGAUCCCCAUAUCCCCCCCUCACUUGGUGAGAGCGGCGUUGCUUGAGGGAUGCAAUGUGGACCUUGCAGCCUAUAGCCAAUUUAAUGAAGGAAAGAACACAUCAGACUCAAAAGAUAGUUCAUUUCUUGUCGGUCAUUCGUUAACAACAACUCUUGCACCUUUCAUUCGGACAGUUUUUUCGAAGCAUACUAAUUGUUGGCCAAUAUGUUUACACUCAAGUGGCAUGGCUUACUUUGCAAAGUCUAAUCGCCUUGAUCUCAUAUCGUGUCGUCAACGGGAACAAUAUGUUCAACUUGUAAUGGGGACAAGUAAAGAAGAGGUGCAAACGAGGCUUAUGGAAACGGUUAAGACUAUCGAAAGAUUUUUACGACACGAUUUGCAACUUCAAAUCUAUCGCCGGAAUUUGAGUGCACCCGAGUUAAUGCUUAGCGAAUCAUCGGGAGUUGUUGUUGAGGAUGAUGAUGUACAAUUGAUACGAAGUUCAUUUUAUGGCGAAUAUGUUUCACGGAGACUAAACUUGCAAUUCACAGAUGGAUUUCUGCAGUUAGGGUUUGUGACAGUAGAUUUGUAUCGAGUUCUUGCAAAAAUCAUUGACGCAACAAUUGUUGGCAACGAUUUACCGCCGAUUCUUAGAUCAACAAUAAAAAAAUCUCGGGAAUCUACAAAAAAUUUU